UCCGUCGAGCAGCGGCUGCGUCGAACGCCCGCCCGGCUCCGCGUCCGGGAGCUGCUCGCUCGCUCGCUGCACGGCCGAACCGGACCCGAAGAGCCGUGAAGAAAAAUGUCUUAACAAAACCCCCAGAAAUCUUGUUUCGAACUAAAAUCCAUUCCUUUUUUUUCACACCCCCCCCUUUCCCUCGUUCGGACCGGGGGUGAGAUUGCCGACUGCGCUGCUCCGGAGCAGCCAAAGACCGAGUGCGUGUGGGAGAGAGAAUAAGAGGCUUUGAAGGGAGUUUAAAAGAAAGGAAAAAUAUUUUUUUUAAAGGACAAUUGAAGCAGAAAGUUGGCUUAUCGGAUAUCAAACCCGAAAUGGCUUGCAAAGCAGGUCAAUUAGAUUGUUGAAGGGCAGGUGAUUAUAGGGAGGAGGGGGAAGAUAAAGUAGCAAGAGUUUUUUAAAAUCUAUUUUGCUCCAAAUAUGGUCGAACGAUAAAGUUUGUUACUGUGGGCUCCUUUCUUCCCUACCCGGAAAAAGCUGUGAGCGGUGGGUGGGAGAAAUCCCCCUCCAAAAUAUGUCAGUACUGCGAGGUUCUGUGCCUUGGCGGAGUGGCUGAAGCUCUCCCAAAGCUGCGCCGAGUUGAACAACAGCAAACACAAGUGAAGGGGGGGACCCAGGGCUUCCUUGCACUGUCAACGCUAGAGGGGGCGCACCAGUCCAAACUGAGCUACACUACAUAUUCCUCCUCUUUCCCUCUCCCCUUUUUGUCCGCCUUCCUUCGGCGAGAGAUGAAGCUCAGGGACCGACAAAUGAAACUUUAAACAUUUCACCGAAGCUCUUUGCUUGCCUCUUUUUAAGGCUGGAAUUGGUUUUACUUUAUAAUCCCAGGAGCUAAUUUUGACUCGAUAUUAUCUGCAGAACAGGAAGUUCCUUGCACAGAUUUGUUCAGUAUUUGAAGAUGAGACGUGGGAUCCACAGAACGAGUAUUCUCUUAUGAUUGACUUCGUGAUUACAUUUAAAAUAGAAACUGAGUAUGUAAGGCAAAAUUGUUUAUCAACAUUGACUUUAUGAAGAACCUCAAGUGUUAAUGUUUCAUUAAAGGGCAGACAGAACCAUGUGGCGAUUGCUUACACUGAAGCUUGGUCGGUUGUACUGCUGUUUGAAGUUCCUGUUUGUGGUGAGUCUAUUGGUUUUCAUGUUAAUGAAUACGCACACGUUAUUCGACUCCUUUCAGAAGAAUGAACUUACAGAUCGUCGUUUCAUUAGCCUCAACAAAUGUCCAGCAUGUUUUGGCACUAGCUGGUGUCGCAAGUUUAUGAAUGGCCAAAUCACUUUUGAAACAUGGGGUCGCCUGCGAAUUCUGGAUUUCUUGAAUGUGAAAAAUGUCUACUUCGCUCAGUAUGGCGAGCCAAGGGAAGGUGCAAGGCGUAUUGUUCUCAAACGCUUGGGUUCUAAUCAAGAACUGAUGGAGAUGGAACAAAAGAUCUGCAAAAGGGCCACGGGCCGACCUCGUUGUGAUGUUACACAAGCUAUGUACAAGACUCAGUUUUCCCGUUUAAAUGGAGAAGUUCGGUUACUGACCCCAGAUAUUGUGGAAGGGUGGUCAGACUUGGUGCAUUGUCCAUCACAGAGACUCCUGGACAGAAUCGUACGUAGGUAUGCUGAAACAAAGGAUUCUGGAAGCUUUUUGAUGAAGAAUUUGAAAGACUCUGAGCGGAUGCAGCUGCUUCUGACAUUGGCUUUUAACCCAGAACCACUGGUUCUUCAGAGUUUUCCAUCAGAUGAAGGAUGGCCUUUUGCAAAAUACCUUGGAGCCUGUGGGAGAAUGGUGGCUGUAAAUUAUGUAGGCAAUGAACUUUGGAGUUUCUACCAUGCACCUUGGGAAAAACGAGUAGACUUGGCCUGGCAGCUGCUGGAAAUCGCUGAGCAACUCACUAACAAUGAUUUUGAAUUUGCGCUCUACCUCCUCGAUGUCAGCUUUGAUAACUUUGCUGUUGGAUCUCGGGAUGGAAAAGUCAUCGUCAUUGAUGCUGAGAACAUAAUUGUGGCAGACAAAAGGUUAAUUAAACAAAAUAAGCCUCAAAAUUGGGAUAUAUGGUACGAAAGCAAGUUUGAUGAUUGUGGAAAGGAAGCCUGCCUGUCAUUUUCGAAGGAUAUUUUAUGUUCUCGUGUUACAAUUGACCAUAACUAUUAUGCCAUCUGUCAAAACCUGCUCUCCAGGUAUGCCAACUGGCGUGGUACAUCAGGAGGGCUCUUGCAUAACCCCCCCUCAGAAAUUGUCAGAGUUGGCAGACUGGAAGCCUUGCUCGAAGAAUGUGCCAACCCAAAGAAAGAAUAUGGUCGAUUCCAGGCAGCAAGAGAAUUACGAGAUUACCUUGCAAAGCUGAACAAUAAUGUAAGGUAGCUCAAAAUGGGAUCUACUGUUUUUUUUACACUAGUUACUCUAGUUUGAGACUGCAGUUAGUCAAAUGUGAGAGUGGUUCCUGUGUAGAAUGUAAAUUUACAUUGAAUGAAACUAUGCAGAUAUGACAGCACAAGGUAAUAAUUAGUGCUUGGAACAACAAUGGACAUCUGCCAACCCAUGUGUGGGGUUGAUUAUCUGAUUAGAGCAUUGAGCUUUUAUUGACUCUGCCCAUGGGUGAAGACCAGCAGGUCACUGGAGAUAAUAGACUGACAGGUUUAUUGAUUGCACAUGUGUCAAAGGGCAAUUGACAAAACACAACUUUACUGUCACAAAUUGUGAGGUUGAUGCCUUUACUGAAGAAACCUUGCUUAAUUGAAAGCCUGUUUCAAGGCUUAAACCUGCUGAUAUUGUCUUGCAUUUCUAUAUUUUCAAUAAGGAAACGUUAAGUUUUUAAUUAAAAGACUUCCAUGUACUGCCAUUAAAAUGUGCAAGAUUUUGAUAUACUUGCCUCUACUACUUUGAAAGUAUGUGAACAUUUAUGUAACUUAUCAUCUGUACACUGAAGCACUGAGGAAAAUAAUGGCAUUGCGGUAUUCUUUUGAAAAUCUUAAACCAUUCCUUCAUCACCAUUAAGCAAUAAUUUGAUGUUCAACAGAGAAUAGGGAGAGGAUCAAAAAUCACAUUACUUUUAAGUAUUACAUAAGAAGUUUUUUGAGCAUGAAAUAGUGACCUGAGGUUAAUUUGUAGCAGUGAAAUCUAAAAAAGGUAAGAUAAUCAUUUAAGAACCUGUAGGGAAUACUCAAAACAGAACACAGUUGACAUUUCUGUAAAUAAAAUCAGGAGAGCUUCUUUUCUACGGGAAGCAGGAAGACGCAGGAGCAUCUAGUAUAUGAGCGUAAACCAAAGAGUAAGAGUUGUUCCAAAUUACCUUUAUCUUGGUAGAAGAAAUGUAUUUAUUGCAGUAAACAACAAUAAAAGCAUAAUGAGGACACAUUUCAAUAGCUGUUUGUAUUUUAAAAUUGCUUCUUUUAUCACUGGGUUAAGGUUAUUGGUCACAAGUUUACAUUUGCCAUGUGCUUGACUGGUUCUAUUUUUUACUGAUUUACUGGGCUGACGCAAAUAGCAGUUGCUUUCUGCUGUCUGUAACCAUGUUAGUACAGUAUUGUAAUUUGAAAGUUUGGGGUUAACAUUUUUCAUUAUGUUCAACUAAACGAUGUUAAUUUGUUUGUAAGAAAGAACUGUAGAUGCUGGUUAAAAUCGAAGGUAGACACAAAACACUGGAGUAACUCAGCGGGUGAGGCAGCAUCUCUGGAGAGAAGGAAUGGGUGAUGUUUCGGGUCGAGACCCUUCUUCAGACUGAUGUCGGGAGGAGGCGGGACAAAGAUUGAAUAUAGCCUCCAUUCUAUCUUUGUUCCGCUCCCUCCCCUGACAUCAGUCUGAAGAAGGGUCUCGACCCGAAACGUCACCCAUUCCUUCUCUCCAGAGAGGCUACCUCAUUCCCCGAGUUACUCCAACAUUUUGUGUCUACCUUAUAUCAAUUUGUUUCCUGUUUUAUAAAAAAAAAUCUCUUUGGCACAUUAAAAAAAAAGCCUGGUUGUUUUUGUGGAAAUGGGGUGGAAAAUCUGCUUUUGCCGCUGAUUAGCUGAAGUGCAGCAGUAACACCAUUGCCAGCUUAUUUCAUGCUUGUGGUUCAAUCUGGAUAAAUGUUAAGCUGUUCCCCAUAAAGCAAUUUUGUGGCUUUAAUCUUCAUUGAAAUCACGCUGAUGCUUUUGAUUCAAAAACUAGCUCGAGUUGGCUUUGUUCUAAAGGAUUGAAUGCUGCAACAUCACAAAGUACAGUGAAAGCAAUAGUGUUUUUUCAAAUUCUCAGACACUGAAGUAAUAAAAUUAUGAUCCAUUUAAUGGUACACAUGUAGCUUUUGUUCUGUAUUCAUUUGUUAGUGAAGAUGAAGACGGUCAGCGAUUAUAUGAAUGGGAUUUGAAGAUUGUAAAAUGCUGUCUUCACCUUUUUUUAAUAUGUUAUUUAGUUUCCAUGUUUUAUCAAAAUUGUCUCACUGUGCCUUUCAUGCAAAAUUGUCUUUAUAACUUAAAGUGGAUUCAUAUAAUAAAACAUGUUACUUAUUAAAA